AUGUCACCUGGACCAUCCCGCUAUUCCUCCCUACCAUUCCGCCUGUCACCCACAGCUCACCAACUUCACAUCCCAGCAGUCUUAUCACUGAAUCCUCCCAUACCAGCCACCACACCAGUCAACCCUUCACCACAGUCAAAUCCUCACCACACCAGUCAAACCCUCACCACACCAGUCAAACCCUCACCACAUCAGUCAAACACUCACCACAUCAGUCAAACCCUCACCAGUCAGCCCUUCAGCCACACCAGUCAGCCCUUCACCACACCAGUCAAGCCUCACCACACCGGUCAAACACUCACCACAUCAGUCAACCCCUCACCACACCACAGUCAGCCCUUUCACCACAUCAGUCAGCCCUUUCCCACAUCAGUCAAACCCUCACCACACCAGUCAAACCUCACCACACCAGUCAAACCUCACCACACCGGUCAAACACUCACCGCAUCAGUCAAACCACACCACACCAGUCAACCCUUUCCCACAUCAGUCAACCCUGUCCCACAUCAGUCAAACCCUCACCACACCAGUCAACCCUUCACCACACCAAUCAAACCCUCACCACACCAGUCAAACCCUCACAUACACCAGUCAAACCCUCCCACCACACCAGUCAACCCUCACCACACCAGUCAACCCCUCACCCACAUCCAGUCAAAGCCCUCACCACACCAGUCAAACCCUCACCACACCAGUCAAACUCACCCCGUCAAACCCAAACCCUCACCACACCAGUCAACCCCUCACCACACCAGUCAACCCCUCACCACAUCAGUCAAACCCUCACCACACCAGUCAAACCCUCACCACACCAGUCAACCCCUCACAACACCAGUCAAACCCUCACCACACCAGUCAAACCCUCCCCCAAGAUAUCCUCAACCAUUCUUCAUAAAUGUCACCCAAAGAAUCCUAACAGUUGGGCUGCCAUUCUCAACUGCAUGUGGGCGGAAGGAGGUGACAGGACCACAAUCAACCAAAUGGUUCCUUUCUCCAGGACCACGAUCCCCUGAAUGGUUCCUUUCUACAAGACCCCAGUCCCCUGAAUAUUCUUUUCUCCAAGAUCCCGAUCGCCUGAAUGGUUCCUCUCUCCAGGUCCCUGUGCCUGGAAUGGUUCCUGUCUACGGAACAGCUCUCUCCUCCUUGAAGGAGAGGACAGGUGUACGCAAGUCAAAGCAGCCAAUGUGA